CCGGCAACAACUGAAGGUCGUGUCGGAUCGUGCCUGUCUCCAAAAGGCACAGCUCCACUUUGGACAAAGCUAAGCAAAUAGCGAUAACGAUAGGUUUGGCGGGUGAGGGAAUCCAUUGUGCCUACGCAGCGCAGCGCAGUGUAUUAUUAUUACCUUACACAGGUAUACACACCCCGUAACCUCGUAGCCUUGCCUUUGCCUUGGGAGGGUACCUGAGGAACGAAAGGACCGCCGAAUCCGCCAAUGGUCCUCUGAUCUCAGCCAACACCACCGCUGCCGUCGAUUAUCACCAGUAAUUCCCUCCACAACACCCAAACGCCGCCAGCGACGACCGGACAAGAUGGGCAAGGGGCGCAUCUUCCAGGCCGCAAAGGUCUACCAGAGGGCCAGCGAGGCUGCUGCCACCAACAUCGUCUCUGGCCUGCCACCACGGAACCCACCACUGUGGCUCAAGGCCAUCGAGUCCAUCCCUCCCGCUGAGAUCAACACCAGACCGUAUCCGAUCCAGCACUCUCCGCCGAACCCGCGAGCGCGCAAGCCACGCAACCUCUUUAGGCCCACCAAGAUCGUCUAUCCCGAAGAUGAGUUGCGCCGCGACUUCUACCGCGACCACCCUUGGGAGUUGGCCAGGCCUAGGAUGAUUAUCGAGUUGGAUGGCAAGGACGCCCGUUUCCUUGACUGGUCCAAGGGCCUCAGGCAACGCGGCAUCCCCUUGUCCGGCGAGAGUGUCGUUCAACGUCAGCUCUGGCUUAUGGAGAAUCAAGGCAUGACCAAGCAGGAAGCCUACGACAAGGCGCGCCACGAGUUCUACAAGUUGAGGCAGUUGGAGCAGAUGGAGCGCAGGAUAGCCGUCGAGGAGGCCCGCAUGGUUGGUGGCUACUUUGGCAAGGACCUUCUGACGGUCGGCAUGGAGCUCGAGAACAAGACGUAUGAGAGUUGGAAGAAGUGGGCUACGACCGAGAUCGCCCGCCAGGAAUCUGCCAGGGCUUCCAUGUACACCAAUGUCGUCGACAACUCUGCGCUCGAGGAAUCUGAGGAGGACGAGCUGCUCGCGCAGAAUUAAGGCAACGAAUUGGAGUAAAAGGGGAGGGACAGAGUGGUAUAGCGUGGCUGAUACCCAUCCGUGUCGGGGAAAGACGAUGCCGGCCCACUCGUGCACAAGUGUAAGAAUAUCACGUCUCUUUGUACAUAUAGAGAGGGCAAGAGACUUUGUAGAAGUACAUGUGAUUCAGGAGCCUGGUCGCCUAUCUUCGAAGAAACCCGGCAGACACCGGCCCGAUAUACUGACUGCCCUUGAAUAUUUUCGCCAGA